CUCUCCUGCGGCUGCAGUACCCAGGCUGUCUCCUACCUCAGGCGGCCUGGAUCCUUUAACAGGCCGCCGCUGUUUUUCUCUUCCGCCUUCUUGGAGGUUGCUCUCUUCAGGGCCGACAUGGUGCACUGGGGAGGAGAUUUGGGUGUUUGCACUGCCCACACCGCCAGCAGCAGCCACAAGCAAUCGAGCAGCUGCAGGGGAGAUCUCAGGCCACAGACUUUGUAUGUUUGAAGAAUGGCUGAUAGUCUUGGAGACAAGCCAAUGGAGGCAGACAAUGGGAUGAGUACACUUAAACCUCCACAGACAGGUUUGAAACUGGUACAUCUAGAUUUGAAAGGAGCACCACCCAGGGUCUCCUAUCUAUUAGAGAUCUUGCCUCUGCUUUCUCACCUUGGUGCAGAUGGUAUUCUACUGGAGUAUGAAGAUAUGUUUCCAUAUGAGGGAAAGCUACAGAAGUUAAGGUCCCCAAAUGCCUACAGUCCAUCAGAAAUCAAAGAAAUCAUGAAUCUUGCCAGAGUGCUUCAUUUUGAAGUAAUUCCAUUAGUGCAAACCAUUGGCCACAUGGAGUUUGUGCUGAAACAUAAAAUGUUUUCCCAUCUUCGCGAAAUGAAAGGAUUUCCUAACAGUCUCAUUCCUCAUAAGAAGGAGUCAAUGGACGUAGUAAAAUCCAUGAUUGACCAGAUCAUGGCAAUACAUAAAGACUCAAAAUGGCUGCACAUUGGAUCAGAUGAGGUUUAUUACCUUGGUGAAAGUGAAGAAUCUAAGCAAUUAUUUGCACAAACUGAAACUACUGCGGACAGCCUAUUUCUGUCUCAUGUGAAAGCAGUUGCAAAUUACAUUGUCACUAGCUACCCUAAUGUGAAACCCAUCAUUUGGGAUGACAUGCUCCGGAACAUCAAUGAAGAGAAACUUAAAGAAUCCAUGUUGAGUCAGUUUGUUGAACUGAUGAUUUGGGAAUAUAAUGCUAAUCUUGACAUUGACAGCAUGAUGCUUCAAAUUCAAAAGUACAAACAUUCCGGAUUUUCUGUUAUGUGGUUUGCAAGUGCAUUUAAAGGAGCUACUGGUGCAGCCCAGUCUCUAACACCCAUUAGCUAUCACUUGGCUAAUCACCUGCAGUGGCUGAAAGUGACAGAAGCUCUUUCAAGGGAUUCAAUACAGUUGCGUGGGAUAGCACUCACCGGUUGGCAGAGAUAUGAUCAUUUCUCCGUUUUGUGUGAGCUACUUCCUGUGGGGCUUCCAUCCUUGGCUGUUUGUCUGCAAGCUCUGAAAAACGGUGUGUUCUCUGAAAAGGAAGAGGACUUUGUGAAAAAAUGUCUUGGAUUCAAAACAUUGAGAAUUAACUUCAUAAGUACCGAAGAUGCUGGCAGUUUUCCAGGCAGUGAUGUAUUCAACCGUGUGACUCAGAUAAUCACCUUCAUGCAGGAGUCUAUUGAUAAACUCCUUGAAGAAAAUAUAUACAUAAAAGGAUGGUUCAGUAAUUAUCACAGAAAGAGGAAGUUUGUUCAUCCCAUUAUAGUUCGGCAUUUUGAAGGAGAAGUCAGAAGGGUAUAUGUACAUUGGAAGACUGCUGUAAGUGAGCUGAGUGCAGCGCUGGAGAAAAUCUAUUACCCAGAUACUGUGGAAGAGUGGCUAGAAGAACAUGUUCACCCCAACUUGACAAAGUUGCAACUGUUUGUGAAAGACAUGGAUGAAGCUUUGGCAUCAGGAAAUUUGAAAUAAAAAUGUAAUUAUAUUGAUUGAAUUUUAAGAAUCAUCACAUUGAAGUUGUUAAUUUGAAUGCAUGACCUCCUUUGGUUUAUAGUUAGCUUCAUUCAAGGUAAUGAACAAGGACAGGAGAGUUAGCUUGAAACAAGAACAAAAUACUUUAGUUCUUCAAACCCAUUGCAUCCAUAUUGUUUACAAUCCAUCCUAGCUAUUUUAUCUCUUUUGAGACAGAGAGUCCUGCAUUGAAGCUUUAAACUAACUGAAGCUGUACUCCGUGGGUUUUCUCUGGGUGCUCUGGUUUCCUCCCACAGUCCAAAAAUGUGCAGGUUAGGUGAAUUGGCCAUCCUAAACUGCCCGUAGUGUUAGGUGAAGGGAUAAAUUUAGGGGUGGGUUGCGCUUCGGCGGGUCGAUGUGGACUUGUUGGGCCAAAGGGCCUGUUUCCACACUAAGUAAUCUAAUCUAAUCCACAACUCAACCCUCAGGCAGUAAUGUCUAGCCUUAGCAGCACAGACGAUUGUUGAGCAAUGGGCAAUUUGGUAAUCUCAGAAGAACUUAAGAACAGCAAAAGACCAUUUGGCUAUUUAAGGCGACAUUGCCAUUUCAGAACACUAUGGCUGACCUUAGUCAAUACUGAUUCCUAAAAAUUUCAAUUAUUUUGCCCUUUUUUUUGAAUAGUGUAAAACUAAAUCACUAAUAAUUAGGUUUAUCAAAUACUCUAGAUCAGUGCAGAGUUAAUUCCUUUGGCUUAUUUAGAAAUGGAUUAAUUAUUUUAAGUAUAGAUGUGAAAUAUAGCAACAGAGAUUGGCUUGCAGUUGUAAAAACUGUCAUAAUGUUGAUGUAGACACUGUACU